GCACUUUGUAUUAUUAGUAUUGAAGUCGGAUACUUUGACCUGCAUGACAUUAGAAUUGCGUUUGGAAGGAUUGUUUAAGUAAGUUAGUCAUGGAUGAUCUUGACUGGACUUCGGACGGGAGUGUCGACUCUGAUGCACUUUCACCAUUACCACCUUUAGUAAUAUGGACGAGCAGAAGGUCAACUGUGUGUGCUCUACCGCCGAACACACCAACUUCUGGUACACCUUAUACAUCUCAUCACCCCGUACACGCAGUUGGUGGGAAUCAAGUAGAGACUUCAGAGCCGUCCUUUGCUUAUUAUGAAAUUCAGCAUACCUCAUUCAGUCCUUGGAACAUACCAUCAGUUACCACCAAUUUACCGCUAGAUUAUCCACCGCCGGACCUGACAGACCGCGUCAGGGGCUCUCGACCAGAGUGCCAAAGGAAGGAAGAUACAAACACUGCUGAGCUUUCAGCAACAGCAGUUGAAAAUCCAUGCUCGAUUCCCAUGACAUCGGCAAUGGAAAUUGACCAUAACUCGCGAGACAGCGAUAACCAAACUGUGAACUAUCCAAUCUCUGUUUCAGAUCACAACAUAGUCAACGGGCACGUAGAGUAUGACUCGGAAGAAGACAAUUACUCAAGCACGUCUUCCGAAGUAGACCUUCAAAAGAUCGGACAUGUUCCAGUAUCUCACCGAUCGACUAGCGUAUCUGAGGAUGGCAAACAGCAUGAUCAUCAAAAUCUCAAGAAACAGCAUACAUCGGCGACGUAUUCCGCGGAAGACACCCAACUUCUAGCUGAUUUUCCUCAAGAUUCUACGUCGCUCAGCCAGGAACCCGGGGUGUCACUUGAUCGCAAGCAUGAUAUGCGUGAUCGUGCACAUUCACAAACUGGAGAACAGCCGCAUAAAUGUAAGUAUUGCAAAAAAUCAUUUUCUACUGAAUCGAGUCUAACAUAUCAUGAAUGUGUACAGCCAGAAAAGAAACCUUUCAAAUGUAAAGUAUGUGAUAAAACCUUCAGUACGCGAUGGCGUCUUGUUCGUCAUGGACGAGUUCACUCAGGAGAAAAACCCUUCGCGUGCAAGUACUGCGCUAAAUCUUUCAGUCAGAAAUCAAGCUGUACUGUUCAUGACCGCAUCCAUACCGGGAAGAAGCCGUUUAAGUGUAAAGUAUGUGGAAAGUGUUUCUCUUGGAAAUCCUGUUUAACAGCACAUAAAAGAACCCAUCCCUGAGAGAAACUGAUCAAGAAUUGUCACACGUCUUUUAAUAAUAAAAAAAACACUUAGAAAACGAUGCAAACACUAAAACAAUUACACAGCAGUCUUCUUUUCAAGAUAAUGGAAAAUGUUCAUUAUAGAAUCGUUUUGAAAUGCAAGAUGCCCAAUCUGAACUCCAUGGAAAAUUCACUGCUUACAUGCUGACUUCUACAUUUGUGGCAUCACAAACACUAUCAUUAUCAUUAUUUUAGAGAUGAUAAUAUUGUACAGUUUCUAACCAUAUUACUCAAUGCACUUCUUACACGUAUUUCCAUAUUCAAUGUACAUAACAAAAACUUAGUUUCGCUGAAAAAUGCGACUCAUUUCUGAUAAAAUCAACACUGUUUCGUGUAUCUUUAUUCCUUUGUAUGCAUAUCGGGUCUUGAUACUUUUUUAUAGAAUAGACGGAGUGCUGUUUUGAAAUGCGCACAUGUUAAUUAAUAUUUGUGGUUCCGUUUUCCUGUAUGUACCUUUGGUCUCCUUUCCAUCGUUAUAAUUAUAGUCCUUUUCUAGUCCCUGUCAAAACCUUUACAAGUAAAAUGUUCAAGUAAAAUGUUCUAAAUAUAACUCAAUAAUCAUUUGCUUGAGGGAAAUAUGACCUACUGGCAGGACUCGAACCUAUGACAAUCGCUUGUGCCCAGGAAUGAUUCAUCACUAAGCACUCUACCACUUGUGGGUAUCCAAGCAGCGACCAUUGAACGUUUUCCUCAGACUUGAUUAUCUGUCGCUUCCUGUCAAUCAACGCAAGCUGUUGGGAUUCAAGGAACGUACAUGCACAUUUACUGUUUUAAUCGUAGUGUUUUUAGUUACUGUAAAACUCACUGUUUCCAGUUCCCUGGUGUCAGUCGUUAUUCUUUAGCUGCUCCAAAAUUGACGAGGUAUGAAUAGCCCCCUAUCAUUGCCUAGACCUGUGCAAGGUGCAAUAGAUUAUGUAACAUAUACGCCACAAAGCCUAUAUCAUUGCUAGAGACG